AUGAACGAAUAUAUUCGGUUAUCAGAUUUGACAGAUUUUCAGAAAAUUUGUAGAACUUGUUUGAUAGAAAAAGAUAGUCUACAGGAAAUUUUCCAUAUUACGGAUUUAUUAAAAGAAUGUACUUGUAUACAAAUUGACAUGGCAGACGAUUUACCAAAAUUAAUUUGCUUUGAAUGUACAAACAAACUUAAUACCGCUUUUGAAUUUAGAAAACAAUGUGAAGCAUCUCAAAAAAUAUUAUUACAAUUAAAAGAAUUUAGAGAACCAGCCGUUAAAUUUGAAAGUAACGUAUCAUCAAAUUCUCAAAUAAACAAAACCGAACAUAUAGAUUUAAAUGAAAUUGAUAUUAAAUCUGAGCAUUCUGAUAAUAUAAACACAGACAAUUCCGAUAUAUUUGAUGAAAAAAAUCAAAUCAAAUCGUUAAAUAGUAUGCAAGAGUUCGUUGAAACUUCUAUUAGUGAAAAUAAAAAUGUUUUUGAUGAGUCUGAGAAACAAAAUUUGGAAAACGAUUUUGACGAUGAACCUUUAAAUACAAGAUUAAAGAUAGAGAAUGGGGAUAAAGAUGAUGGUAUAAUACAAAGUGGAUUGCCUUGUCCAAAAUGUAAAAAAUCUUUUGAAUUCGAAGCAGAUCUAGAAAUUCAUAUGAUGAAACAUCAAAAGUUGAAACAGUAUAAGUGUCCUAAAUGUACCAAAUCGUUCAAAUUACCAUCGAAGUUAAAAAGACAUUUUAAAACACACAGUAGACCGUAUAAAUGUAAUGUUUGUAAUAAAAGUUUUGUUGAAGUUGAUGCGAGAGAUCGACAUUUACGAAUACAUAACGAUGAAAUAAAAACUGGAUUACCUUGUCCUGAAUGUAAUAAAUGUUUCGAAUUAGAUGCAGAUCUACAGAUUCAUAUGUUAAAACAUCAAACAUUUGAUGAACUUGUUUGUCCAAUAUGUUCCAAAUCGUUUAAAAACAGAAACAAUUUAAAUCAACAUUUGAACACACACAUGAAUAACAAGCCUCAUAAAUGUAAUUUUUGUAAUAAAGCUUUUGCUAAAUCGUAUGAUCGAAACGUUCAUAUUCGAACAAUGCAUACGGGUGAAAAACCAUUUAUAUGUUCAACAUGUGGUAAACGUUUUCAGGAUUCUAGUCGAUUUGCAAUGCAUAAAAGGAGAUUUCAUGCGGGUGAGAAAAAUUUUGUAUGUUCAUAUUGUUCGAAAUCGUUUGUGUAUGAAUGUGAUCUUCAAACACAUAAGCGAACGCAUACUGGUGAAAAACCAAUCUUAUGUACAGAAUGCGGACAAAGUUUUAGCACGAAUAGAAACUUAUAUUUGCAUAAAUUAAAACAUCACAAUACAGGUGAACGUCCAUUUCCAUGUACGGAAUGUGAUAAGAGUUUUCUUACAAAAGAUUAUUUCAUAGUGCAUAUGCGUUCACAUACAGGUGAAAAACCGUAUGUGUGUAAAAUAUGUGAUAAGGCUUUUACAAGGUCAAAUUAUCUUCUUCAACAUACUCGGUUACAUAGUGAUGAGAGACCGUUCAGUUGUAAUAUUUGUGAAAAGACUUACAAACAAAAGAAACAUUUAAGGGAACAUAAGAAAACACAUCACAAUCAAAGGUGA